AAAUAUCUUAUUAUGAAUGGGCUAUUGGUUCUACACCAGCUAUUGCUGACAUUUUCCCGUUCACAGUCACAAACUGUGAGUAUGGAACUGCAGAAAAGCUUGCCUUACAAGAAGGCCAUUCUUACUUUAUUUCAGUCAGAGCUUUUAAUGGUGCUGGUAUGUCCGCAAUGGCUACUUCGUGGGCAGUAACAAUCGAUACAAGUCCACCAGAACCAGGCAUUGUAUAUGAUGGUGAGAGAAACAGCACGGUCAAGGAUUCCGAUUACCAGUUUGAUACAUCAAAUAUAAAUGCCUACUGGGAAGGAUUCAUGGAUCCUCAUUCGGGAAUUGUUGAUUAUAUUUGGAAGAUAGGUACGUGUCGUGGAUGUGAUGAUGUGAUGCAAGAACAACACGUUGGACUGGUUACAGACAUGAAAGCUGAUCAUUUCAAUUUAAAACCUGGAUUCACGUACUAUACCACGGUAACAGCAUGCAAUUCGGCUGGCUUGUGUACUUGUGCAUCCUCUGAUGGUGUCACUCCGGACAAUUCUCCACCCAUUGCUGGUAUAGUAUUUGAUGGCCCAAGUGGUGAAGACUGGCAAUACCAGGCAUCCAUGAAACGACUAGCAGCUCAUUGGUACAACUUUCACGAUUAUCACUCUAAGUUAUCUCACUAUGAAUGGAGAGCAGGUGUAACACGUGGUGGAGAUGACAUUGUUAGAUCAACGCCUCUGCAUAUAACUGAAAGCCUCUAUGUUCCGCAGUUAGAGUCACUCAUGCCACAAAAUGCAACAAUAUAUACUACUAUUAAAGCAUACGAUAGCAUUGGGUUAUCUGUGGAAGCUACUUCAAAUGGUAUGGGAAUUGACGUGACUGUUCCACGUAUUAUAAGACACAUAACCGUUAAUCAUAGUGUGGGAUCUAUCUUACCAGCUACACAGGUUUGGAAAAGCUUUCUCCAUGUCAACUGGAGAUUUGACGAUGCUGAGAGUCCAAUCGAGCGGCAGAUACUGUCAGUUUUCACCAGUUACCAAUCAGAAGUAGACGUACCAUCAACACAGGUUCCCGGCAUAGCUACGGAGCAUACGUUCACUGAUCUCUCUUUACAAGAUGGUGAUACAUAUUAUGUGAAGAUCGUUGCAUGUAACGCUGCAAAACUCUGUAGUUCUGAUCAAACUGAUGGGAUUCUAGUAGAUUCCUCUCAGCCGACUGUUGGUACAUUUGCUGCGGAAUCUAAUCAUUCUGCUGAUCUUUCAAGACACCAAGAAGGAUACAUGACGUAUGUACAGGAGACUGAAGAUAAUCCAGCAAUUAUCAAACUAGCGUGGCUUGGUUUCUCUGAUAUUCACUCAGGAAUUACACACUAUUAUGUGACAGUUGGAAGUCAAUAUAGUGGUCGAGAUCUAACACCGGAGGGUCCUGUAGCAUUGGUACAUGAGAAUGGAGAGCCUUUUCGUGAUGAAGGAGCCGUGCAGACUGGAAUAGUUGAAAUCAACAGAAAUCUUGUACCAGGAGAAUAUAUAUACAUAACUUUAUGGGCAGUAAAUGGUGUUGGAAAGCGAAGCAUGGAGGCACAUGACACGUUCGAAGUUGUACAAUCCAAUGAUCAUGAAGGAACUCUUGUGUUGUUAAGACGAUGUUCGGCACAAACUUGUCAAGGUGAUUGCACAUGCGCACCUGGAUAUUCUGUCUGUCAUGGAGAUGAAAGUAAAUGUUCAAAUGUAACAGAACACUCAGAUUAUGAUCACGUUGACGUAUUCGACAUUAUAAAUUACCGGAUAGAAGACACUGAUCCCCGUGACGUCACUUAUUCUUCAUCAAGAUGUGCUCUAGCAGCUGUGUGGAAAGCCAGAAAUGAAGGCAUAGCUGUUGAACGCUAUGAAUGGAGUGCAGGAACGAAAGGCGAUGACCCAGGUACCGGUGUGUUCGACCCAGCAAACGAUCGUAUUUGGUACGACGUUGGAUUAGAGACAUAUGCAAUACUUCUACAAGAACAUCCACUGUUGGAAGGUUUACAGUAUGUAUUCUACGUGAAAGCGUGGUAUGAUGAGAGUACGUAUGCGAUAUUUCAGUCAAACGGAGUUACAAUAUUAUACACAUCUCCGCGAAUGUCUGACUCUAGAAAGGUUAAAGAUUUACAUAGUCCUAAUAACACAAGAGAUAAGGAUUACACUACGUCUACGAAUACACUGACAGUACAUUGGAAGGAUGUGUUUACCGAUGAUAUAGAUAAACUUGCAUUUUUCGAAGUUUCAGUCAGUACGUAUAAAGGAGGAGAUGAUGUACGACCAUUCAGUGCUUCUCGAUAUUCUCCAGACAUAGACACUGUAGUAUUUACUGAUCUCAAUCUACAACCAGGAGUUAUCUACUAUUCUAACGUCAUCGCAUCUAACCACGUGAAUUUGAGAUCAAUCGCCAGUUCUGAUGGUAUUAAGGUUGACUACAGCCCGCCAACUAAAGGCAUUGUUUAUGAUGGACUUGGACUACACGAUGCAGAUUAUCAGAAUUCUACCACUACUGUGUCUGCAAACUGGCAUGGAUUUUCUGAUCUACAAUCUUAUGUUGACUAUUAUCUCUGGUGUGUAGGAAGCUCACCAGGCUUCGAUGAUAUUCUUUCAUGUCAAUCCGUUGGCUUGAGGAAGUCAUUUUCAAGGACCGUCAAAAGGCGUAUAGCAACGGGUACCAAGGUUUAUUCUAAAGUCAUGGCGGUUAAUACUGCUGGUUUGAUAUCAGAGCCCGCCAUAUCUGACGGUGUGAUCAUAGAUGCCACACCACCAGAAGUUUUAGAGAAGUUUAACUUCAGUGACAAUUUGCUGAACAAUCCAUCAUUUGAGUACCUGAUACCAAAUGACAAAAACAGCAGUGUAUUGUCAGGGGACUGUGUUUCAUCGGACGUACCAGCUGACUGGAUACUAAGUGGAAAGGGUUAUGUAUACUCAUGUAACAACACAUUAGCACAGCACGGCAACUCAUUUGCAGUAGUAGUCGGUGAAAUAUCACAGAACAUUGUGACAACUAUUGGCGAGAAGUAUCGACUAAGAUUCUAUGCUAGCUAUUCACCACAUUCUAUUGUACCUGUUUUGUCACAAGAAGGAUUCGUUCAAAUUUCCCGUUUAUACAAAGUGUUUAAAUUGUACCAGCGAAAAGGAAGGUUAGAUUCUCGUUUUAAUUUUUCUGAGGGCGAUAUUCAGUGGCACGAAUACGUAGAGUACUUUCAUGCAGAAGAGCAUAUGACUACCCUUCUUAUUGGAUCCAUUGGUAGAGGAGGUAUUUCACUUGAUAACAUUGAACUACGUCAUCUGAGUGAAGGAAAGAGAACACCAUCAGAAGACCCAAACCAUCCUGUGAAUAAUUUGACUAGUCCUGUUCACAUUACAAUUCAACGUGUUGGGAAUUAUCACACCGUACAAGCAACCUGGGAUGUUAUUGACUCUGAAAGUCCCAUAGUCGACAACAUGUGGGCAAUUGGAACUACAUAUGGUAGUACUCAACUCCAAGGUUUUACUUCCAUUGGUCGCAAAUUCUCAGCAAACUGCCAGGAUCUGGUAUUGUCACAUAACACUAAAUUGCAUGUGACAAUAGUGGUGACCAAUAUCGUUGGAAUGGAGACUGUAAUACAUUCGGAUCCUAUUACGGUAGACCUGACUCCUCCAAAUUUGUGUUGUGCAGAGGAUGGAAAUCAGGAUGACGAUAUAGAUUAUAUUACUGGCGAUCAGUUGGUUGUACAUUGGCGCGUAGAUGACCCAGAGAGCGGUGUUGAUUCAUGUGAAGUAGCCGUUGGUUUCAGUCCUGGAACAGAUGAUGUGGGUAACUUUCAUUCGACGGAUGAGUUAAACCGAACACAGAUAGACUUGACUGGUAUGGUGGCACACGGAGAGACGAUUUAUUCCACGAUUCGUUGCCAUAACUACGUAGGUGCGUCAUCUACAAUUACAACAAAUGGUGUUACUGUAGUUAAGGAUAAUCCAGAUUCUCGAGAGGCAUUCAUAGAUGUAACUACAAUGUCUGAAACGCAGUAUGCAACAAGACGCCACCACCAGUCAUUGUCCAAUAUGAUUGAUAUAGCCUGGCACGGAUUUGAAGAUAUCACCGGUAUAUCGCAUUACCAGUGCAAAAUAGUGAAUGGUAACAAACAGUAUCUGGGAUGGACAGACAUCGGUAGAAAUGGCGAAACAUUUGCAACGUUAUACGGAUUAAACAUGCACUCUUACACAACAUACGAGAUAUUGAUGCGGGCUGUCAAUCAUGUUGGGUACCACAGCGGUGUUGUGCCAGUCAAUGUUACCAUAGAAACGGAAAAGCCAAUUAUUAAAAAAAGUGAUAUCAGCGUAAACUGGUUGUCUACAUCAGAGGUAGAGAUUGAUUGGACAGGUUUAUAUGCCAGCAAAUCUUCCAUGGUAUAUGAGCUCACCGUAGGUACUGUAUAUGGCGGCAGUGACGUGGUCAAAUGGCUGGAAACCAUGGAAACUAGAAUACGAGUAUCAGACAUUGACCCUUCAUACGAAUAUCACCUGACCCUGACGGCCAUCAACGAAUCCGGUCUCUACGAAAGUAGCAACCACGUCAUUGUUUACUUUGAAAAAUAA